AGAAGAAGAUGAAGACAGGAACCGGAAGUAAAACAGCUGCUUGGCUGAGCACAGCAGAUUGAAUUGGCUUGCAGCUACACUAUGACUUUGGUAUAGAGAAUUCUGUUUAAUGGUUUACUUCAUCGGAUGUAACUACUAAAGGUACUGGCACCUUUCCUACAAUGGAGAUGAGAGUAUAGUCAAGAAACGGAGAUGAAAAGGGUGACCCCUUUUCACUUGUCGUCCGUCACUGCGUAAGACUCUCAAACAAAGACUCCAAAGGAAGGAAGGGAUUCCUCUGACUUAUAGGAAAGGGGUGAGACAUCAAGAAAGCAUCCCAAACUGUAAGCUAUUCUUUGUAAAGCAGAGGAAAUGGCUUUCUUGGACAAUCCUGCCAUUAUUCUGGCUCACAUCCGACAGUCUCAUGUGACCAGUGAUGAUACAGGAAUGUGUGAGAUGGUACUAAUUGACCAGGAUGUAGAUUUGGAGAAGUGCCAACUUUCUCUGGUGCCUGGAAGCAGCUGUGGGUCAACUGGAUCGGGCACCCUGAGUGAGGGGGGCAGCAGCGUGACAGAUAAUCAUGCCUGUGACCUCUCCCAGUCCAUGGACAUCACCUCCAGCUGGGACUUUGGUAUCCGUCGGCGCUCUAACACAGCUCAAAGGCUUGAAAGACUAAGGAAAGAACGGCAGAACCAAUUCAAAUGUAAAAACAUCCAGUGGAAAGAGAGGACAUCCUCCCAGUCAGUGGAGGAUCUUGGAUCUCUGUUUGAAAAACGUGACUUUAAAGACAGGCCACGGACAGCUGGUACAAAAUCAACCCUUUCGCUGCGGCUGGAGCAGUGUCCCCAGCAGCUCAACAACCCCUUCAAUGAAUACUCCAAAUUUGAUGGCAAGGGCCACAUUGGUACAACAGCUACAAAAAAGAUAGAUGUCUACCUCUCAAUGCAGAUGGCACAGGAGAAAGUACAUCCUAUGACAGUAGUGACCAUUGCCAACGCCCGCGUCCAUGACCUUAUUGGGCUCAUCUGUUGGCAGUACACAAGCGAGGGAAGAGAACCCAAACUGAAUGAGAAUGUGAAUGCCUACUGCCUCCACAUUGCUGAGGAUGAUGGUGAGGUGGACACUGACUUCCCUCCUCUGGACUCCAAUGAACCAAUCCACAAGUUUGGGUUUAGCACUCUUGCCUUGGUAGAGAAAUAUUCCUCGCCUGGCCUUGCCUCCAGACAGUCACUGUUUGUCAGAAUAAAUGCUGCUCAUGGUUUCUCUCUAAUCCCUGUGGACAGUCUGAAGGUAACAAUGAAGGAAAUUCUCCAGAAAGCACUGAAGAAAAGAAAAGGCUCACAGAAAGGCUCAGGGCCAAUGUAUCGUUUAGAGAAGCAAACAGAGCCGAAUGUUGCUGUCGAUCUGGAUUCAACGCUAGAGAGCCAGAGCACCCUGGAGUUUUGCCUGGUCAGAGAAAACAGCUCCAGAGGUGAGGAGAGCUCUGAGGAGGACCCUCCUAUUGACAUCACCACAGUUCAAGACAUGUUGAGCAGUCACCACUAUAAGUCCUUCAAGAUCAGCAUGAUUCACAAGCUGCGUUUCACCACAGAUGUCCAGCUAGGCAUUUCAGGAGAAAAGGUGGAGAUUGAUCCUGUUACCAAUCAGAAGGCAAGCACUAAAUUUUGGAUUCGGCAGAAACCCAUCUCUAUCGACUCAGACCACCUCUGUGCCUGUGACCUUGUAGAGGAGAGAAGCCCCAGUCAUGCAAUAUUUAAGCUUACUUAUCUCAGCAACCAUGACUACAAGCCUCUCUACUUUGAGUCUGAUGCUGCUACUGUCAAUGAAAUAGUGCUAAAGGUAAACUACAUCCUGGAGUCCCGGGCCAGCACCUCUCGUGCCGAUUACUUUGCCCAGAAGCAACGGAAACUGAGCCGACGGACCAGCUUUAGUUUCCAAAAGGAGAAGAAGACUGGCCAAUAGACAGACUAGAACAGCUCCACCAGUUGUCUGUUUCUGUAUGCUUGCACAGCGACACAUGUACAAGGCCUAACAAGCUUGUACCCAAGCUAGGACUCAAACUCCUAGAAGUGGAGACUGACAGAAAUGUCCCAUCAGAGAAGAUCAGAGAAAGAGAGUUACAGGCAGAAAAUGGACAAGGAAGACAUGUCUCUGUUUCAGCUGGCAGGGCAGCCUCUGUCUCUGAAGCUUCACAAGAGAAAAUAUUUCUCAAGCAAAAGUAAACACAUUCUUUUUCUACAAAUGAAAAAGAGUUUUAGCUGUUGUGUAGCUGUCAAUUUUCUGUUCAUUCACUGGCUCUGAAUUUAAGCUCUAUCCUUCUGGAUGGAUUUGUACAGCUUCAGCAAGUUGGUGAUGUACACCCAACAAAAAGCUGCAUAAUAAUUCUUUGCCUCUGUCCUCCUCUAUGUAAUACAUUUAACAUGAUCUGAAAACAAAAAUCUUGUUAUACAUCUUUUUAACCAUUUUAAUAUUUAGACUGUGGAUAUUCAUUUUAUAUUCAGCAAAUAAAAUUAUGUUAGUCUAAAAAUACAUUGGCCUCGAAUUAUAUACACAGGUGUUAAUCUAUUAGAUAUGCAUGUCCUAAAUGAGUGCAGUAUAGCAGAACCAUAUCAGACACAGUGGGAUUAAAGAUGAGAAUCACGACAGGAGGUCCUUCUGCUAAAGCUGUAUAAUUUGUCAACUUCAACAAUCUAAAGCAACUGUUAUAAAGCAAUCUCAUUGCAGGAAUGAAUCAAGUUGCUUAAGUCAGCAGAGAGUUUAAGCAUCAUGUAUCUAAUCACCUGUGUAUUAAUGUAUUGUUUUUGUUUUAAGUAGUUUUCCAGAAUUAUGAGACUGUUUUAGGAUUUUAGGCAAAAAUAUGCUUCAUUUGAAAGCACUGAAGAGACAGCAGGAGUAUAGAGAAAUGAUAAAAAUGUGUUUUUGUGGAUAAAUCAUUACCCAUUGCACAGUA